AAUCAUCGAAUCCGCUUUCAAAAUCGAAAAUGGGUUUCUGGGUGCAAAGUUAUGACCCCUCAAAGUGGCCGGUGUCGGUCGGUCGGGGGUCCCAAGAGGUUUUGCACAGGCUCAACCUACCGUACACGGGCGCCAACGCGGCUUUUUAUGAGCCAUCUAAAAUAGAAACUAUCUCGGUCCCGGUGAUGCUGUUUUUGCCUUUGUAAUCAGCCAUCAUGACAGGUGGCGGGUCCAGCACGUUCAGAAGCGGGAGUGCAGCUUGGGCACGGAAUGCGCCGUGCAGGGGCGGGGGGGGGGGGCGCGGGGGGAAGCGAGCAUUAAUUAUGCAGCAUAAAUCUGAUGCCUUUGAGCCCUGAACCUUGGUGGCCGUGAAAGCUAUCUGGCAACGUCUUCAGGCGGCAGGUUGCCGCCGGCAACAACGCGGUUCUGGCCAGGAAAGGUGACGAGGGAGGUGACAGGCGAGGUGUGCCGCGGGGGUGAGUGGGGUCGGAACGGGUCCGACACAGGCGACCGGAGACCAGCGACGAAGCGGUUGUCGGCGGGUCGUAGCCGUAUCCGUCAUGUCGCCCCGUGAAUUGCUAAGUGAUUAUGUUGUUGUGCACUGAUUUGCCGUUGAUAUGUAGGGGCCAAAGCAACUGUCCCUUAUUCAUGUCGCUGAUCAGCCUCCUUCUGCGUGCGUUCUUCGCUGUAAAAUUGCUUAUAUAUAUUAUAUGGUGUAACGCGACUACUUUGCAGGGCUAUCGUGUGCCCAUGCAGCGCUUGCAAAGCGCUUGCCCCGCAAGCGAGCUAGCGCUGCCCCAUUGAAGGAUUGUGCCUUUCAUGUCAUCAUGCAUCUAGUAUUGUAUCUGAUCAGGGCAAAGCUGCAGAAACAAGAGACCCCAUGUUGCACCUUUUUUCCCUGUGCAUAUUUCCCUGCUCGCGUCAAUGAAUUUAGGGCUUAUAUGAUACAAUGAUGACAGCGCAGUAGGUCUGCCGAGUAAUGACGCGGUAUUCAGACACCCCGUCUCGCGCCUUUUUUCCCUGUGCGCAUUCUGCUAAAUCUUUUGAGCCGUGAACCUGGGGGCUGCGAAUAGCUACCUAGACAUCUCUUCAGGCGGCACUAUCUCGCCGGCUCUGCGCUGAAUUUGAUUAAACAUCUUUUCGGCGCUGACCCGGGGUCGCCGACUCAGUCGGAAUUGUAACCCUAGUUUUCA